AUGAGACUCCUCGACACUCCCCAGUCCUCCCAGGACUCAACCCGGCAAACAACCCCAGAGAAUCCCACCCAGUUCCUCGUCACCUCCCCUUACACCACGCCCGAGCAUCUCCUCAACCUCUCCACACUCGACAAUGAAAACGCCCUCUUCGCCAAAGCCCUAACUCACCUACGAUGCGUACGCGAUGACUACGCGACGGCUCCCUACCUCGAUUCUUUCAACUGGGUCGAAGUCCUGGACAAGCUGCGCGAAUCGGCUGGAGACGGAUUCGCCGAGACGUCCUUCUUCAUUGUCGCUUUCCGAUCUCAAAUACCUCCGACUACGGUGUACGAAGACUUGGGCAUUCUGGAUGAGGCGGCUCAUGCGGAAGCUGUAGCCUGUGGCGGGUUCCUGAAGUACUGGUUUGGCCAUCCGGACACAGAUGGGAGGAACCUUGCCACGUGCGUCUGGCGCUCCAGAGACGACGCCAUUCGCGCCGGACAUACGGCUGGCCAUCGCAGGGCGGCGAGAGCCACAGCUUCCAUGUAUUCCCACUGGAAGAUUGAUCGGCAUAGGCUCAUCAUAGGGCCUGGUGCUACGGAGUGGAAGCUGAUUGAGUGGUCCGAUGAUUACACCGGUGGUCAAUGA